CCGCGGUCGUGUUGUUAUAGCUAGUAUGUUGUCAAAGUGAAGCAAACACUCGUUCAGAAGGACACUUAUCAGCACUUCAGCAGGACACUUAUCGAUUUCUCAUGCUUUGCUAGCUAACUAUGUUUUUUGGUUUGCGGUAUUUGUAGUGCCUAAAAUACCGACACACUUACCUCACAGCUAACAGUUAGCUAAUCCACAAAAGCGGUCAGUGUUAUCCAGCUGCAUUACGAGAGGUAACGUUAGCUUAAAGCGGAACGUUGGUCUACCCGUUCUUAGCUCUGAAACUGGCGGUCAUGGGAGGCGUUCGCUGGGCGUUCCGGUGUGGCUCGUGGACGCCGAGCCGGUCCGAGUGGCUGUUAGCGGCCCGGUGUGUGCAGCGCGAAGAGAAAGAACGAAUCGGACAGUUCAUGUUUGCCAAAGAUGCCAAAUCAGCUAUGGCUGGCAGGUUGUUGUUGAGGAGGUUGGUGUGUGACAGGAUGGGUGUUCCCUGGUCUGACAUCCGCUUGGAGCGUUCUCCCAGAGGAAAGCCCUACCUGGCCAACCCAGCCUGCUCCAGCCCUGAAACCAUGGGCUGGAGUUUUAACAUCUCUCACCAGGGUGACUACGCUGUGCUGGCUGCAGAGCAGGGGCUGCAGGUCGGGGUGGACGUAAUGAAGACCACCAUGCCAGGUAGCACUUCUGUGCCAGAGUUUUUCCGUAUCAUGACGAGGCAGUUUACUGAUUAUGAGUGGAGUGUUAUCCGCAGAGCAGGAUCGGAAUGGGAGCAACUGACCAUGUUCUACAGACACUGGGCGUUGAAGGAAAGUUUCAUCAAGGCGAUUGGCACAGGGCUGGGCUUUAAUCUACAGAGGGCGGAGUUUCACCUGUCACCUGAGCCAAUUGCAGAGGGCAAGGUGUGUCGCUGGACCACAAUGCACCUGGACGAGGAAGAAGAGGAGGUCUGGGCGUUCGAGGAGACUGUAUUGGGUAAGGACCACCAUGUCGCUGUGGCACUGGGACCCAGCCAUACAGUCAGAUCUGUGCCUCCCCCUGCCCUCACCGAUCCUCCCCCCUCCUUCACCUUCCUCUCCUUCAGUGACCUCAUCAGCAUGGCCACACCCCUCUUUGAAGAAGACUCCGCCUACUGGGAGAACUUCCAGAAAAAGGCUGAAGCCCCAGAAAGACAGAGACUCACAGCUACAGUAUGACGUAGACAGGUUAGGUUAGGACUGUGGGUAGAAUAAUCUGAUCCUACAUCUGUGGUUAGUGGCGACGUGUACCUGUGAGAUGGAGUGGUCAAAGGACAGACAGGUGAUGUCACUCCUGUUGAUCUCCAUGCAGGACCGUACAGGAACAGUCGGUGAACAGCAGGGUUGGUGUGACUGAGGCAUCUGGAGGAGCUGGCCACUCUAACAACAAAUUGAAAUAGCAUUGAAAUAAUGUUGGUCCUCAGACCCACCUAGAGUCAAUGUGUUAAUCAAAUGCCAGUGAUGGAAAGGGUUCCAUGACUGCAAAUUGCUCUUUUUUGGGGUUAUUGAUUCUGUAGGUUGCAAUCACCUGAAUUGAUUGUGGUCAUCUGUCAUUACAACAGUGUUGUUGACCAACCUCCCUGUAAUGUGAUUAAAUGUUUGUAUGGCUUCUUAUCAUAGGCUUUGCUGACAUUCCAUAUGAAUUUAUGUUCAUUUUAGUGACCAUGUUUGACUCAGUUGGUUGAGAAUGGUGCUUUCACCGCCAGGGUUGUGGGUUCGAUUCCCGGGGCCACCUAUAUGUAAAGUUGCUUUGGAUAAAACGUCUGCUGAAUGGCAUGUAAUACUGUACAAAAAUAUACAGUACCACUCAAUUUUGGACACACUUACUCAUUCUAGGGUUUUUCUUUGUUUUUAAUAUUUUCUACAUUGUAGAAUAAUAUUAAAGACAUCAACACUAUGAAAUAACACAUAUGGAAUCAUGUAGUAACCAAAAAGUGUUAAACAAAUCUAAAUAUAUUAUAUAUAUAUAUAUAUAAGUAGCCACCCUUUGCCUCUGACAGCUUUGAACACUCUUGGCAUUCUCUCAACCAGCUUCAUGUCCACUGGCUUUGAGCAUGUGUGAUGCGUACUCUUUAUAGCUCUCUCACUUCUCUUCCCUGCUAUCCCUCUCAUCUUCCCUCUUUUUCCCCAUGCCUCACCCUCUAUCUCUCUCUCCCUUACUCUCUCUUCAUCUGGCUGUGCAUCUAUUUUGGUCAGAAACAUUUAGUGGGCCAAUAGGAGCUUGUGUUUGAAAGACAGCAGGGCUUUUAACAGAGCAGGCGUACUUCAAUUUCAAGUUAAGUUUCCCAUGCCAAUAAAGCCCCUUAUGUUUACUUGUCACAUGUGCCAAAUACAAUAGGUGUAGAUGUUACAGUGAAAUGCAACAAUGCAGUUUUAAGAAAAAUACCACAAAAAAUAACUAAAAGUAACAAAUAAUUAAAGAGCAGUAGUAAAAUAACAAUAGCGAGGCUAUAUACAGGGGGUACCGGUUAGUCAAUGUAAUUGUGGUAAUAUGUACAUAAAGGUAGAGCUAUUAAAGUGACUAUGCAUGGAUAAUAACAGAGAGUAGCAGUUGCAUAAAAGAGUGGGAGCAAUGCAAAUAGUCUGCGUAGCCAUUUGAUUAUAAUGUAUGUUCAGGUGUCUUAAGGCUUGGUGGUAGAAGAAGCCUCUUGGACCAAGACUUGGCCCUCCGGUACCGCUUGCCGUACGGUGGCAGAGAGAACAGUCUAUGACUAGGGUGGCUGGAGUAUUUGACCAUUUUUAGGGCCUUCCUCUGAUACCACCUGGUAUAUAUGUUCUGGAUGGCAGGAAGCUUGCCCCAGUGAUGUAGUGAGCCGUGUGCACUAGCCUCUGUCGUGCCUUGUGGUCGGAGGCCGAGCAGUUGCAAUACCAGGCAGUGAUGCAACCUGUCAGCAUGCUCUCGAUGGUGCAGCUGUAGAACCUUUUGAGGAUCUGAAGGCCCUAAAAAUGGUCUCUCCCUCUCUCUGUCAAUUCAAAGGGCUUUAUUGGCAUGGGAAACAUAUGUUUGCCAAAGGAAGUGAAAUAGAAAAUAAACAAACGUGAAAAACCAUUUUAAAAAACUAACAGUAAAUGUUAUACUCACAAAAGUUCCAAAGGAAUAGAGACAUUUCAAAUGUAAUAUUAUGGCUAUUAACAGUGUUUGUAACGAUGUGCAAAUAGUUAAGCAAAAAUAAAUAAACAAAUAAAUAUGGGUUGUAUUUACAA